UUACACACUCACACACACACACUCACACACACAAAUACACAUUGUAUAUGGCCAAGUAUGUUUAAAGAAAAUGGCAUAGUGUGUUUGUGCUUGUGGUUUGUGUUUGUUUACAGUGCUUGUGGUUGGGUUGUCUUGCAGAUGGUCAUUAUGGUAGUGAGCACAUACAUCGUGGGUUGUCUGCCUGAAAGCAAGAUGAAGAAAAAGCUAAAUAAUCGAGUGUCAGUCUUCUGCUUCGACUUCCUCAGCGGGGCUCUGUCGCUUGUGUGUACCUAUCAUAACCAGGAGAAUGUUCCUCAGCGGGGCAUCUGUGUAGCCAAUCACACCACUCCCAUUGACGUACUUGUACUGGCUUGUGACAAUACGUAUGACUUGGUUGGACAGAGGCAUGGAGGUUUCCUAGGAAUAUUUCAGAGAGCGCUAUCAAGAGCCUCUGCCCACAUCUGGUUUGAGCGGUCAGAAUCCAAGGACAGGUAUGCUGUGGCAAGGAGAUUACGAGAGCACGUUGAAGAUCCUGAGAAACUGCCAAUCCUGAUCUUCCCCGAGGGCACGUGCAUCAACAACACGUCAGUUAUGCAAUUCAAAAAGGGGACAUUUGAAGUGGGAGGCAUCAUUUACCCAGUGGCUAUUAAGUAUGACCCAAGGUUUGGUGAUGCUUUUUGGAACUCUUCUCGGGACUCCAUGGUAAGCUAUAUCUACAUGAUGAUGACGUCGUGGGCUAUUGUAUGUGACGUUUGGUACCUUCCACCAAUGACAAGAAAGGAAGGAGAAAGCUCAAUUGAAUUUGCUAAUCGUGUUAAAGCAGAAAUCGCACGUCAGGGCGGACUUGUUGAUCUCGUUUGGGAUGGUGGGCUGAAGCGCUCUGCUCCCAAGAAGGAGUGGAAGGAGCAGUACCAGCAGGAAUUCUCAAGGCGUCUUAAGGUUCAGAAUGUCAACACUGUAAAGAAAGAAGAGAAGACGGAAUGACUAGAGGAUGAAUUAGAAAGAAAGAAGGUCACAUAAAACAUGAUGGAUGGUUGCGAUUGAAAGAUGCGAUGGCAUGGGAGCAAGGGUAGGGGAGAAACAAAGAUGGAAUAGAGGAGUAAGAGAAUCAGGGUUGGUGUAACAGUGACUGGCGUCCGUUGUGUUUCACGCCAGGUGCUAACUGCACUCGUGAUCGCUCGUACUUACACGUUCACACAUUGUUACCUCCUUUUUUUUUUUCUGGAUGAAGAGAGCAGUGAGAGGAAAGAGAAAAGACAAUAAAUUUAAGAGGCAAGAUUGAGUAGAAGAUUUAAGAGCUAGAAAGUGGCAAUUUAAAUUAAAAUUUGUGUGUAUACAGUUUUUCAUUGUUUUCGUGCUUGGAAGUCAUUGAGGGAUAUAUCAGGUUUCUGUGUGUGUUUCUUGUUUGGCUGUUGGAGGAGGAAAAAGGAGUAGUAUCACAGUAGUGGUGCUACUACCCCUAGUAGGAGAAUUUGUGGCAGAUGAAAGAUUUGUUAUCUGCUCUCUGUCAGGUAUAUUACAUUUAGGUGUUUUAAUACUCAGAUAUGAAUGUCAUGCAUUUUUAGAGCCAUGAGCUUUUUUGUUAUAUAGAAUGGUCUUGUUUCAGAGUGAUUGCAAAGAAUAACCAUAAACUAAAUUAUUGAUCCUGUUGGAUAUGUCAAGUAUUGAUUUGAUAUUUUGUUCUCAUCAUGCUUAUGUAGGAUAUCGGCACAAAUAACACUGGAAGAUGACUAUAAUGUUGCAAGUAUUCAAUAUUCUGUCCUUUAUGGCUAUACUUGAUGUUUGGUAUGUCAGAGAAAUAAAUGAGGUAUAUCCUUUGGUUUCUGGAAUGAGACUGAUUAUUGCUUAAGAUGACCAGUCAGUAGUUAUUGUUAUUCUCUUAUCCUUUUUCCCUUGAAGGGUCAAAGACUAGAUGAUUUCAGAUGCUUUUGUUGUAUCCUGGAAUUGCUCUUUUGUUAAAGGUGCAUAGGUGGUGAUUUGCUACAUCUGGUAGAACCAUCAGGACCAGUAAAUAGUAUCACCUAAAGUAGCAUGUGUGAGGGUAUUUUGAAGAGGUUGUCCAAGUCUCAGUUAUGGUGUGUCUUCUUUUUUUUCUUUUUUUUUUUCUUUCUUUUCUUUCCAGGUGUGUUUAUGUAUGUGUGCGCGCAUGUUCACAUGUGGUUGCAUUUGUAAAUUAUGUCAUAAAAGAAUUGUCCACUUAA